UGUCUCACUCAUUUAAUAUCAAUAAAAUCUAUUGUUGUUGUUUGGGCCGAUAUAAAAACCGGAAGAAAAUAAUAUUUGUUGAAUAUGAAUUGAUUUCCUUGAUUAAAAAUUUGUUGGGGUAGGGUUUAGGGUAGUUUAUUGUAGGCCUAACUGCUGCAUCCAUAGUACUAAAGUAUUUUAGUCAUUUUCACAUAAUAAUUAGGGCCUAAAUAUGAGUCGUGUAAGUCAAGCUCAGAUGAAGAAAUUACUGGAUCUCCUGAGUGAAAAUGGUGUAUUGGUCGACGGCAGAGUGAUGUACACUAAAACUAAUAAGCAAAACUUUUGGAAGCGUAUCGCUGUACAGCUGAACGCGGUUGAGGGGGGAGUUUAUAAGAACACCUGGAAAUGGGCUAAAAUGUGGGCGGACUGGAAAAACAAAACAAAGAAGAAGGCAAAUAUAUUGUUGAAUAGAAAGAAAUAUCGCACAGACCAAACAACACCUACUCUAACUAAUUUAGAGCUCAGACUCCUAAAGAUGAUCAACUUCCCCAUUGAAGAUAAGAAUGAUGCUAUCGCUUUAGAAAUGGUUGUAAGCAAAGAAGGUUCAGAGCCAACGGAAGAAUUUCAAGCAGAGUUCUUAAAACAAAACUAUGGUGACGGAGACAUACUUCAGGAUAAAUCUGAUAUCGAGGAUGAUGUUGAUGAUGAGAAGACAUUGGAAUGCUUUAGUGGAGUAGAAAGUAAAUUCUGUGAUGUCGGUGAUAUUUUAGAUGAUGAUAAAUUAGGAGAUGAAGAUCCAGAUGAAGAUUCAUCAGAUUUUGAAGAAAAGAUGAAAUAUCAAGAAAAGAAAUUCAAAAGGAGAAAGAUGUCAUUAGAAGAAUAUAAAGUAAGAACAUCAUUAAAAAUAGAGAAGGAUAGAGUCCAACAGAAAGGUGAGGAGUUAAGACUGAGGGCGCUGGAACUGAAGCUAAAAGGAGAAGAAUUAAGACUGAAAGAAAUUGAAAUGAAUAAAAUCAACUAUUUGACUAGUAUUGAGGAAGAGAAGUUGAAAUGUUUUCAAGAAAUAUGCUCAUGUUUGAAAGAGUUUGUAGAAAGAACAAGAAGUGGAACAUUUCGGUAUCACAACGCCCUGUGAAACAGUGCAAAAGGCUUUGUAGUACAAAAAGACUAGUGUAUUGCAAUUGAAAAUUAUAUUUUCGUGGUAAUGAAAACAUAUGUUAUUC